AGAGAGCCGAGAAUUUCCGGAGCGAGCCGUUGGGCAGAGCCGAGGGUCGCGGAGGUACAGUCAUGGCGGCGGCCGGUGCUGCAGCUGGUGAGACGGACGAGGAACCGGCGGCGGAGGCCGUGGCGUUGGCCGCGGCGCGGGAGCGGAGCAGCCGCUUCUUGAGCGGACUGGAGCUGGUGAAGCAGGGCGCCGAGGCGCGCGUGUUUCGCGGCCGCUUCCAGGGCCGCGCGGCCGUAGUGAAGCACCGCUUCCCCAAGGGCUACCGGCACCCGGCGCUGGAGGCGCGGCUCAGCCGGCGGCGGACCGUGCAGGAGGCCCGGGCGCUGCUCCGCUGCCGCCGCGCAGGGAUCUCCGCCCCCGUCGUCUUUUUUGUGGAUUACGCUUCCAACUGCUUGUUCAUGGAAGAAAUUGAAGGCUCGGUGACUGUUCGAGAUUAUAUUCAGUCCAUCAUGGAGACUGAAAAAACUCCCGAAAGGCUCCUUGGCUUGGCCCAGACGGUUGGGCAGGUUUUGGCUCGCAUGCAUGACGAAGACCUCGUUCACGGCGACCUCACCACCUCGAACAUGCUCCUGAGGCCACCUCCGGAGCAGCUGCACAUUGUGCUCAUAGACUUUGGGCUGAGUUUCAUCUCGGCGCUUCCAGAAGACAAGGGGGUUGACCUGUACGUGCUGGAGAAGGCCUUCCUCAGCACCCACCCCAACACCGAGAGUGUGUUCGAGGCCUGUCUGAAGAGCUACUCUGCCUCCUCCAAAAAGGCCAAGCCAGUGCUCAAAAAACUUGAUGAAGUGCGCCUGAGAGGAAGGAAGAGGUCCAUGGUCGGGUAGGAGCCUACGCGUGACGGCCACAGACAGAGAGGCCGUUUUCUUCGAGUACAUUUGAAGGGAUGCCAUGAGCGUGGAUUAGGCCUGAAAAAGCCAGGCCGUUUCUGUGUGCUGUCUGUGGUCAGGUUCCUUAUGCCAUUAUUCCCUGCGGUCGGUUGUUCCCCCCGCGUCUGUCCGUCCCCCGUGUUCUAGGAGGGACUGAGUAUACAGCAAACCUGGGACGGGUGUCUGCCGCGGGUACAUGGGCGUGACAUUCAAGAACAUAGAACCACAUCGUGAGACGAUUCUACUGAUUCCUGGUGAGACCAGAACAGUCUCAGUGACAGUGUGUCUUUACCGGCCCUUUUAACCCCACGUUGGUUUCUCUGCUGUGUUCAUGACACUCUUCUCAAAAGCAUUGUAGAGGGGUGCACCCCGCAUUUUUAAAAUGUAGAGUCAUAGGCCAGGAGAUGCUACAUGUGCCUCAUGUGUGGUAUGGUGGACACUGUUUUGUGAGACUUUAUACAUAUGUAAAUACAGACACAGGUGUGUACUGGGUUUAAAGGAAAAUGUAUUUUUGAGGGUCAUGGUGGGAAAAGAGGAUGAAAAUACGUGACUAAUUUCUCUUAAAAACCUUUUAUAUGACAUUGUCUUUAUAUUUGUAGCUUUGUAAUUUUAUGUUAACUUCUAAUUAAGACAAGUGGUCGAAUACAGUUCCUGUUAGUUUA